GUGUGGUUUGACUGACCAACAUGGCUACUUUGCAGAAUGGGGUGGCGGAACACAAACACCCGGUAACCUGCACCCCCACCUGCGGCACGGCUAAAGAGCAGGACGCGAUAAAAUUGUUUGUCGGCCAAAUUCCUCGAAAUCUUGACGAGAAGGAUCUAAGGCCAUUGUUUGAACAAUUCGGCAGAAUCUACGAGCUCACAGUCCUUAAGGAUAAAUACACUGGCAUGCAUAAAGGGUGUGCCUUUCUCACCUACUGUGCCAGAGACAGCGCCCUAAAGGCCCAGUCCGCCCUCCACGAGCAGAAGACCCUACCAGGGGUGAGUGACUUUAACUAUAUUUAAUCUUUUCACUACAGCAGUAUAAAUGACUAUAGCAAAAAAAAUAUUUUACAGUUCCGAAUUUUAAUUUUACUGCCAUAAAUAAUAGUGCCAAAUUAUAUUGCUAGAGGGCUAAUAAUUUAAAGUACCCAUACGUGGACAUCAGAUUUUAACUAAAUAAAGGGAUACAAAUAUUUCGAAUGUUAAAUUACACCUGAAGUAGUAGGAACAAACAUGCAUAUUUUUAUAUUAUGGUCUAUUUAAACAACGAUAAAUAGAUUUAGUAAUUUGGAAAAAAAAUUUUAAAAAUUAAAGUUUUUUCUAAGCACAUUGCAAUACUG